AUGGUGGCGGAGGAACCCACUGAUAUAGCCAAGAUUGUGACUCAGACCAUGAACCAGAUGUUGGUGGCCGCUCCAGCACCACCGACCCCCGCACAGGCACCGGUCGUAUACGCCGCCCCUCCAAAUCCAGGAGCCAACUACGGAUAUGAGGCAGCACCUGUCAUACUUGGCCUACAGGGGGAGGAGAGGUGGACAACGGGGAAGAGGGGCCCCAAGGUACCCAGCCCCUGCCCAGGGAUAUCCACCAGCCCCUGCCCAGGGAUAUCCACCAGCCCCUGCCCAGCCCAGGGGGAUAUCAACCAGCCUACAACCCAGCGCCCCUACCGGUCCCACCUUCCAGGGGAUGUCCGAGGAUACCCCCAUGGGAAUGAGGCUGCCCACCACCACCAGUCGGGUGUGGAGGUGUCGCUUGAUCCACCGCCAAGGGCCCGAAUCCUGAUGCUCCCAAUUCUGCCCGCACCUGCUCUAUCCACCACACAGGAGGUUUACUGGCUCAAGUGCCUACCAUCUGGACCUGGAACUCCUGCCAUCCAAUUUCAAUUCAACCAAUGGAGGAAGCUAAUAUACACCUUUCAUCCCUAUAAGACACCACAGGCAGAGUUGCACUGCACUCUCAACGUCACUGACGACGAAGACACGCCUUACACACAAGAUUGGGAUGAAAACAUGAUGCAUCUUACCCCAAACAUACGCUGCCUUACCAUCGUGUGCGGCCCUGAGGGGGUGGCAGCCCCAGUCAUACUCCCACACCAUAUUAAACCUUGGUAUCAACUGGGACCCGACUCUGCUCCACACGUGACCCUCGCAGUAGGGAAUGGACAUGAGGCCCGAAGUCUGGGUCCAAUGAUAAAAAGGGCCUCAAAACUCACUUGGGAAGCGACUAGUGCACCAGGCCUGUUGAAGGCAACCACUGAAGAACAGUGCCAGCCUGAGCGCCUCACUCUCCCCAGGCAUCACGGGAAACCAUAUUCUGAUCACCCUUCAUCCCCUGCUGUCUUGGACUCCAUAGACAAGGCAAUAUGGACAACCACACCAUUUGACGUGGGAAAGUUACAGGUCCAACCAGUGUGCAUUACAAUAACCAAUCCGGCACAAGUACCAAUAUUUCGAACCCAAUAUCGACUGAAACAAGAACAGACAGAGGGGAUCAGACCCACUAUCGAAGGCCUUCUGGAAGCUGGGUGCAUAUACAGGACUCUAUCACUCUGGAACACCCCCAUACUUCCUGUUCUGAAGGCAGGAGGAGAAACAUACCGGAUGGUGCAGGAUUUCCGGGCUGUAAAUGAAGUUACCACACCCAUCGAUCUCCCUGUUCCAGACCCACACAUCAUACUGAGCAACCUGUCACGCAAACAUCGGUAUUUCACCGUAGUGGACUUGGCCAAUGCCUUUUUCAGCAUCCCAUUGGAUGAGGCUUCCCAGCCACUUUUUGCCUUUACCUACGAGAAUCAGCAAUUUACCUAUUCCGUACUUCCCCAAGGUUACACUUCUUCCCCUGGAAUCUUCAAUUAUAUUCUGAAGACUCACCUGGCAGAACUGAAAAUCCCAGAAGGAGUGAUACUCAUACAAUACGUAGACGACCUGUUGCUGGGGGCUCCACCUCAGACCUCAGACCUCUGUCUAGAAAUGACUAAAACCCUGUUAGACUUUCUGGCAGUCAAAGACUACAAAGUCAAGAUGUCAAAAGUCCAAUCAUGCAGACGAACCGUUCUGUUCCUGGGAAGGGAAAUCUCAAGCGAGGGGGCCGGCCUCUCAAAAUCUCACCGAGACUCAAUCCUACAUCAUCCCAGGCCCAUUACUGUUUCAGGAAUGCUCUCUUUCCUGGGGUUGACGGGAUACAGCCGUACUCACAUCCCAGACUAUACUGAAAGAACUGAACCUCUGAGAGAAAUUGUUCGAGAAGCUGGCCCAAGAAACCUACAGGCCCCACUUACAUGGACUCCUGAAGCUUCAACGGCGUUUGGGCUCCUGAAGACUGACCUGUCUGUGGCUGCUGCUCUCACGGCACCAGACUACGGUAAAACAUUUCACCUGGAUGUUUCUGAAAAGGAAGGCUUUGCAUCCGCCGUCCUUUUUCAGAAACAUGGGGAGAGAAGAGUACUCAUGUACCACUCUUCAAAACUUGACCACAUUGAAACCGGCCAGACCGCCUGUUCCAGAUACGUUGCGGCGGUAGCCAAGGCGAUUGAGAAGACAGCCCAUCUGGUAAUGUGCCACAAGAUGCAAAUACACACCCACCACGGGGUGGCAGCAUACCUCAUCAGCAAAGAAUUUACCUUCAGUGCGGACAGAAAAAACAAAAUCCAGAACAAAUGCACCCAGUCACACAUCACUUUUGUGAACACCGACAAGAACAUGGCAGAUGCACUCACCGCAGAAGAUGGCCUAGCACACUCCUGCCAAGAGAGGGCAGCACAAGAGCUCAAACUGAGACCAGACCUGGAAAAUGAACCACUGACAUCUCCAGACCUAUGGCUGUACACAGAUGGAUGUUGCUACAAGGGAGACACAGGAAACGUAGCUGCCUAUGCGGUCGUACAGCAGCUGCAUGACAAAACACAUGUCACGUUGGAAUCAGGAAUUAUCCCCCAGCCAGCAUCGGCACAACUUGCGGAAAUUGUGGCUUUGACUCAAGCUCUAGAGAAAGCCGAAGGAAAAACUGUAAACAUUUACACGGACUCGGCAUACGCACACGGAGCUGUGCACAUAGAUGGACCACAAUGGGUUAGGCGCAACUUUACCACUACAGGUAACCUACCCAUCAAGCACCGAGCCCAAAUGGAACGUUUGAUGCAUGCCGUGUCCUUACCAAAGACAGUGGCCAUAAUGAAAUGCCGAGGCCACCAAAGACUGACCAGCAGAAUCAAUCAAGGAAAUGAUGCCACAGACCUGGCAGCCAAGGCCGCAGGAGGAUACAGCCCCCGACAGAUGGUGCUCGGGAUAGAACCGGCAAGGACUGAAUUGACAAGCCAACACAUACUAGAACUACAGAAAGAGGCAGGCCCUUACGAACAUUCGGUUUGGACACAGAAGGGAGGCUCUAAGGGACCAGAUGGAAUAUGGAGAUGCCAUGAUGGCCGACUGGUGGCUCCGGCUAAUCUCUGUCCAGAACUGAUAAGGGAAGCCCAUGGACCCACUCAUGAAGGGAAACUCAGAACUUUACAGAAGGUUUUGUACAUAUGGUGGCACCCCCACAUGAAGGACAUGACAGAUUUAUUCUGUGACGAAUGCAACAUAUGUGGGAGCCACAAUCCAAAGAAGCCUUACCAAACCCCGAUGGGGGCCUACCCGGUGCCAAACGCAUGUUUCCAAGACAUCAGUAUAGACUAUACAGACAUGGGAGAAGACAAUGUAAAGAACGGGAAGAGAUAUUUGCUAGUAAUGGUAGAUAGAUUCUCUAGAUGGGUAGAAGCAAUUCCAACAGCUAAGGAGGAUGGGAAAACGGUCAUUAAGUGGCUACAGACAGAACUCAUACCUAGAUAUGGGGUCCCUAGACAUAUCCGAAGCAACAAUGGGUCCCACUUCGCAAACAAACACCUUAGACAGGUGGAGGAGAGGUUCGGCAUUAUACACAAGUUUGGUUCCGUGUAUAAGCCGCAGGCCCAAGGCCUUGUGGAGCGCUGCAACCAAUCUCUUAAGUGUAAGAUAGCCAAAGUGUGUGCUGGAGCCGAGGACCUUGUUCUGCGGAUCCAGGGAGUGAAUCCCGGAUAUAGGGGACGUUCAAGGAGAGACACCACCCCAUCUAGUGGAGACCCCUCCUACAUAGACGCUAUCGGAGUCCCUAGGGGAGUGCCUGAUGAGUAUAAGUUAAUAGAUCAGAUGUUUCCUCUGCUGGAUAAAGACCUACUUGAAUUCGAGGAUGAGGAGGAGAGUGCCUAUUAG